UGGGUGCGCCACUGAACGGAUGGCAGGGGGAGCCGAGUGGAUUCCUGAAGAGCAUCCGCCGGGUGAGGAGGGCCUAGGGCAGUGCUGGAAGAUUAGCGGCAGGCGCAGUGCAGGGUGAUGGCGGGCCCGGACGAGGCGCUGCAGGCCGGCCUGUAACGCUGUUUGAAUAUCGUCAGUUACCACCCGUUGAUGUCAAGAUGACUAAGCUUGGAUUUUUGCGGUUGUCCUAUGAGAAGCAGGACACACUUCUGAAGCUUCUCAUCCUGUCGAUGGCUGCUGUGCUGUCAUUUUCUACUCGUCUCUUUGCUGUCCUGAGAUUUGAAAGCGUUAUUCAUGAAUUUGAUCCGUACUUUAAUUAUCGGACUACCCGGUUUCUGGCUGAGGAAGGGUUUUAUAAAUUUCAUAACUGGUUUGAUGACCGGGCCUGGUACCCCUUGGGUCGAAUCAUUGGAGGAACAAUUUAUCCAGGCUUAAUGAUCACCUCUGCUGCAAUCUACCACGUACUCCAUUUUUUCCAUAUCACCAUUGACAUUCGGAACGUCUGUGUUUUCUUGGCCCCUCUCUUCUCCUCCUUCACCACCAUCGUUACAUACCACCUUACCAAAGAGCUCAAGGAUGCAGGAGCUGGGCUUCUUGCUGCUGCCAUGAUUGCUGUAGUUCCUGGGUAUAUUUCUCGAUCUGUAGCUGGCUCCUAUGAUAAUGAAGGAAUUGCUAUCUUUUGCAUGCUGCUUACUUACUACAUGUGGAUCAAGGCAGUGAAGACUGGCUCCAUCUACUGGGCUGCCAAGUGUGCCCUUGCUUAUUUCUACAUGGUCUCUUCUUGGGGAGGUUAUGUGUUCCUGAUCAACUUGAUCCCUCUUCAUGUCCUGGUGCUAAUGUUAACAGGCCGUUUUUCUCACCGGAUCUAUGUAGCCUACUGUACUGUUUACUGCCUGGGCACCAUUCUUUCUAUGCAGAUCUCCUUUGUGGGCUUCCAGCCUGUCCUUUCAUCAGAACACAUGGCAGCCUUUGGAGUGUUUGGUCUCUGUCAGAUCCAUGCCUUCGUAGAUUACCUGCGCAGCAAACUGAAUCCACAGCAAUUUGAAGUUCUUUUCCGAAGUGUCAUCUCCCUGGUUGGCUUUGUCCUCCUCACCGUGGGAGCACUCCUCAUGCUGACAGGAAAAAUUUCUCCCUGGACAGGGCGUUUCUACUCACUGCUGGAUCCUUCUUAUGCUAAAAACAACAUCCCCAUCAUUGCAUCUGUGUCUGAGCACCAGCCCACAACCUGGUCCUCCUACUAUUUUGAUCUGCAGCUCCUUGUCUUCAUGUUUCCAGUUGGCCUCUAUUACUGCUUUAGUAACCUGUCUGAUGCCCGGAUUUUCAUCAUCAUGUAUGGUGUGACCAGCAUGUACUUUUCAGCUGUAAUGGUGCGUCUAAUGCUGGUGUUGGCACCUGUUAUGUGCAUUCUUUCUGGCAUUGGUGUCUCCCAGGUGCUGUCCACAUAUAUGAAGAAUUUGGACAUAAGUCGCCCAGACAAGAAGAGCAAGAAGCAACAGGAUUCUACUUAUCCUAUUAAGAAUGAGGUGGCAAGUGGAAUGAUACUGGUCAUGGCCUUUUUUCUUAUCACCUAUACUUUCCACUCAACUUGGGUAACCAGUGAAGCCUACUCUUCUCCCUCCAUUGUACUGUCUGCUCGUGGUGGGGAUGGCAGUCGGAUCAUUUUUGAUGACUUCCGAGAAGCAUAUUAUUGGCUUCGUCACAAUACUCCAGAGGAUGCAAAGGUCAUGUCAUGGUGGGAUUAUGGCUACCAGAUUACCGCAAUGGCAAAUCGGACAAUUUUAGUGGAUAAUAACACAUGGAAUAAUACUCAUAUUUCUCGAGUAGGGCAGGCAAUGGCAUCCACAGAAGAAAAAGCGUAUGAAAUCAUGAGGGAGCUUGACGUCAGCUAUGUGCUUGUUAUUUUUGGAGGCCUUACUGGGUAUUCCUCUGAUGAUAUCAACAAGUUUCUUUGGAUGGUCCGGAUUGGAGGAAGCACAGAUACAGGAAGACAUAUCAAGGAGAAUGACUACUAUACUCCAACUGGGGAGUUCCGUGUGGAUCGUGAAGGUUCUCCAGUGCUGCUCAACUGCCUUAUGUACAAAAUGUGUUACUACCGCUUUGGACAAGUCUACACAGAAGCCAAGCGUCCACCAGGCUUUGACCGUGUUCGAAAUGCUGAGAUUGGUAAUAAAGACUUUGAGCUUGAUGUCCUGGAGGAAGCAUAUACUACAGAACAUUGGCUGGUCAGGAUAUACAAGGUAAAGGACCUGGAUAAUCGAGGUUUGUCAAGGACAUAAAUGCCACAUUGUGCCCUGGUACGCUUCGCACUGAGCGCGUCGUAUUGAGGACGCCGAAGAUUUUUUUUUUAUAAACAGUUUCUAAGAACCAGAUGGGAUUAGAAUUGUCUGGAAGUUUUGCCCUGGACAGUAUGGGCUGGGCUAAAUCAAAUGAUUUUUGUAAUUCUGAGCAGGUUACCAAAUGAAAUGUCAUGGCUUUACUUUGGUCAAUUAAAGGGGGGUAUUUUUUUUUUUAAUGUGCCUUAUUUGUUUUGACUUAAAUCGGCUGAUUUGAGGAUCACAGAAGUGAGUGGAUGGAAGAUCAUAUCCAUGCUCUAGGUCCCCAGACAAACCAAAUAGGAACAUUUUCUUUCUCUCUCCUAAGGACUAGCUCUGCUUCUACAAAUAUAAAAACUUUGUCACACUUUUUGUUUUGUAGCACCCAGAUCCAAUGCUUUGCAUAUAACGGGUGCUUAAUAAAUUUUUAUCAACUGAAUAAAUGCUUCUGGGACCAGAGGAGUGCUGUUUCUGAGCAGGGAAGACAGUGUUUUUGCUGUUAGGUUUGUGUUCUCAAUAUCUAUUUCUUUAGAAGAUCUUUGGCUUUGUAAGGACAGAGAGUUGCUAAGUAUGUCCAAUCUCACCAGGGUUCUUUAAACUAGUGAGGGUUCUUAUUCUAAGCAAAAUGUGAACCAACUGUGACUAAUCCAGUAGUUUUUAAGACUCAGUGAAACAUAUUAAUCUGAGAAGAAGACGCUCUUCCAACCCUACCAUGUACAGAAGUUGAUGGUCAGUAGAUGUUACUGGAAUCAGAAAGUUUUCAGUACUUCACUCAACCUAAAACAUAGUAAAUGACUAUUUCCUCAUUUUCUGGAGACUCCCCUAAAUCUCAUGGUGUUCGCCACUAUGAGUUUCUGUUCUUAGUGUAAGUCUGCUGUGUUCACACACCACUUCAGGCUUGAUUACCUGGUUUCGAAGCCCUUGCUAAGUAUAUAAUGAGGAUGUGGGAAGUGUUGCUACCAACAGGUACCUAGAGAUCAUUGCUAGUCUGACUGUAAGAAAAGAGACUUGAAAAAGCGUUUUAACUUCGAAGCAUAGAGGUCUCAUAGUUAUUUUAUGCCAGGAUAACAGCUUUCUGUUCAGUAUAAUAAGACGUUUCAUCAUGUAUUUUACAACGUAGGACAUAAUCACUGAUGUAUAGAAACUGUCUUAAAAAAUUAGUUGUACUAUUUAAGAAAACAGGAGGAAUUAUAUGACUUAGAUAGUCAAGUCACAUUGGUACUCAGUGCAUAUAUGCUUAGGUGUACUUGUACCUAAUGACCUCAAGCCAGUUUAUGUACCAGAAGAUUUGAUUUCCUAUAUGUAAAUAUAUUACUUGAUUUAUAUACAUAAUUACUGCCUAGUGGGAAAGCUUAAUCUGAGAUUUAUCAAUAUGAUUAUAUUACAGGUUAUUAGUAACCUUUCUCUAUAGUAUAGAUGGAAUAGCCCUUUUUAAUAUCAUUUUACUCCUGGGAUUUUGAUAUUUUCUAGUUUACGCAAAUUUUUUAAGAGAUUGCUUUUAUUUUCAGUUAUAGCCCACUUAGUUUAAAAAAAUAUCCAUCUAAAAAACAAUACAAUUUGACACAUAUAACUUCCCACACACCCAUUGACUCUUGUAAUUUGUGACACUAUUUUUACUAUCAUCUGUUAUAGUUGCAAUUACCUUUUACCUUCUGGCUAUUAUUAGUUAAGAUGUGUUAUAUACUGUUACUUUUUGGCAGUUCCCUGUAGCUUAGGCUGACUUUGAACUCAAGAUAUAGAUGCUAGCUUUGAUCUAUUGAUUGUGAAACCUCUGCCUCCCAGGUGUUGAGGUUACAGGUGUGGGCCACUAUAGCCAGCUAGUUAUUAUUUUUCCUCUAUAACUUCUUUUAGGAAGUACUUUACUGUUUUUUAGUACUUGUUAUAAAUCUCUCCUACCCCCUUACCUCCGUAGCCAAUUCUCUUUUAUUUGUGUCUGUUUUCUCUUAAUGUGAUCAAAUAUAUUUGUUAAGCAAUUUUUGCGCUUUUGAGACAGGGUCUUUUGCAGCCAGGCUUGGCUUUGAAUUCCUGCUUCUCCUGCCUCUACUUGCCAAGUGGCUGGGAUUAUAGGUAUAUGCCAUCACACCUGAUUACAUUGUUUACUUUUAAGAAUGUCUUUAUUUUUCAGCUUGAAUUGGUUAACUCUCCAAGUUUGUUGAGUUGUACUAUUUCACUGUGAUAUUUGUUAAUCUUUGGCCUUUUUCAUUGAUUUGCUAUUUCUAAGUAUUCUAUGAAAGUAUAUAGGGCAAAUAAAUUUCUGGAGCUAUUCUCUACCA